AUGCCUCCUACUUUUAACCGAAAAGCUACCGCGCGGAUCCCAGCAAGCACAACGAAUCUGGGACCCGGAUUCGACGUGUUAGGGCUUGCUCUCCAGCUCUAUAGUACAGUUACGUUAGAACUUUCUGAAACCGACACUGAAGUUAUUGUAAGCGGCGUAGAUGCCGAUAAAAUACCAAGUACGCCGGCGCAUGUCGCGUUUCAAGCGGUAGAACUUGUUUUCCACCGAAGCGGAACGAAACGCCCAAAAGGCUUUAAAUUGCAGAUAGAAAAUGGAAUACCUGCGAUUCGGGGUUUGGGCGGCAGUGGAACAGCCAUUCUUGGCGGGUUGCUCACUGCCAACGCGCUCUGCGGCACCCCAUUUUCUCACCCGGAACUCCUCAACUUUGCGACAGAAUUGGAAGGGCAUCCGGAUAACGUCGCCGCCUCAUUGUAUGGUGGACUCGUCGUUUCAGCACAGGAGGAUGCUCAGGUUCAUACCGUUCGAUUAGAAUGUCCAUCCCUCCUUUCGAUUGUGCUGGCAAUUCCUGAUUUCCCACUGUCAACGGAACAAGCACGAGGGGUGUUACCAACAUCAGUGAGUUUUGCAGAUGCAAUCUACAAUACAAGCCGGAGCACACUGCUAAUUGCCAGCAUUGCCACGAGGCAAUUUGAGAUGUUGCGUGUUGCAAUGAAGGAUAGGUUGCAUCAACCUUACCGUGCUUCACUGAUUCCAGGAUUUGAUGAUGUGGCAGAAGCCGCUACCACCGCUGGGGCACUUAGCGUCGCAUUGAGUGGAGCAGGACCAACUGUCGCUGCCUAUUGUCUGGAGCACACAGAGCAGGUUGCUGAGAAGAUGCAAGGUGCCUUCAAAAAGCACCAGAUUGCGGCGGAUAUUAAAAUUUUAAAGCCAGAUGCUCGCGGGGCAAGCGUUUUUUAA